GUCCUCCUGAACCGGAUGCUAAUUUUCAAACCGACUGGCAACCUUUGGAUAAAAAUACCACCACCAUAUCCUCUACUUUCUGCAACACUAAGUAAUUGCAGAGCAGUGAACUUUUCUUUCUCAUGGCUACUGCAACUCAUUUUUGUUUCCCUCCACCAAUUUCAGUCUCUGCUCAGAAAAUUCAAAACGCUAAAUUUUUUACCCCCAGUCUCCAGACUACCCAAUCUCAAAUUUGCACCAGAAUUCGUUGCAAUGGGGGAGACCUAUUGGGCGAUUUUGGGGCGAGAGAUCCGUUCCCAGCUGAAAUAGAGAGUAAAUUUGGUGAAAAAGUUUUGGGUAAUACUGAUACGGAGCACAAAAUUCUCAUCCCAACUGCUUCUGCUCUGUCCCUUGCUCAGCAAGAGUGCACUGUUAUCUCGCCUGGUCAAACUCCUCUCUCGGAGUAUGAAGCUCGCCAGCUCCUAUUCAAGGUUGUUGGAUGGAGACUGGCACAUGAAGGUGGGGUGCUCAAGCUACAAUGUACGUGGAAAUUAAGAGACUUCGAAUGUGGGGUUGAACUUAUCAAUAGAAUAGGCAAGGUGGUGGAAGGCACUGGGCACGUCCCCACACUUCUUCACUUAGAGCAGUCCAAUCAAGUUCGUGCUGAGCUAUGGACUGCUUCCAUCGGAGGUUUGAGCAUAAACGAUUUCAUUGUAGCUGCUAAAAUAGAUCAGAUAAAGACAUCGGACCUUGUCCCAAGAAAAAGAGUUUGGGCAUAAUCAGAUAGCUUUGCAUUUUGCACCAAAUCCGGCUUCCACAAUUAUAUUCGCUUGUUUUUUCGAAUUGGACCUAUAAAACAGAUAGUGAUGGUGGUAAAACCUUGUCUUAAGCAAAUGGCAAGGAUUAUCGCAAUGAUUUUGUAUUAACAUUCAGAAGCAAUAAAAUAAUAUAUGUCGUGAUUCAUUCUAAACAA